UCCUGAAAACUUUCCUGGGGAGGCUUUUUUUAAUUUGCCUGCUAAGUGAGAUGAAGGCAGCUCUGGGAGAGUGAAGAAGAGGGCAGAACAGUGACUGAAGGUAUUGGGGAGGCAAGCCAAUAGCAGCCUAUGACAUGAACCUGACACAAGGAGCAUUCAUAAGAAUAGCGGGAGACAUAUUACCUGAUGCCAGGCACUUUUCAAUAGAUAUAGGCGAGGAUAAUAGUAACUUUGCACUGCACUUCAACGCACGCUUCAACUACCUUGGUAGUCACCAUGUCAUCAUCUGCAACACCAAGCGUGGUGACUAUUUCGGGAGGGAAAGAAAGAUGAAGCACUUCCCCUUUCAGAGGGGGGCCAGAACAGAGAUUUUCAUAGCAUUUGACGAGAGAUUCUUUGUGGUAAAGCUGCAUGAUGGCUUUGUGUUCAGUUUCCUGAAUCGCACUGACACAGAAAGAAUUAACUAUGUGGGAACUCAUGGUGACAUUGCAGUCAGAUCACUGGGCUUCGAAUAAGGCUCCAAAUCAAGCCAGCU